CAAGGGUCCAUCUGACACCUUUCCCGCGAAAGGUCAAGAUCGACGCCCCCAGAUUCACCGGGAAGGAAGAUCCGGAAAUCCAUCUGGACUCCUUCAACCAGAGUGCGACCAUGAACGGUUGCACCGAUGAAGAAAAGUGCCUUCUUUUCUUCCAGACCUUGCGGAACCGAGCCACUGAAUGGUUCAAUAAGCUUCGCCCGGGAAGCAUUGACUCGUUCAGUGAUUUGGCCUCAAAAUUCAAGGCCAAGUUCCAGGAGAAUUGUACUAAGAGGAAGAAAUUCACCUAUCUUAGUACAGCCGGGCAGAGGGAGUCUGAGAACCUUACUCAGUUCCUUACCCGGUGGAAGGAAGAGCUCCGGGCAAAGAGAGAAGCUGAGCAUGGUCACAAGUCCAAGCCGGUGCAAGUCAAGAAGGAAGAAGCACCGAGACCUAGCCGGCCGAGGCACCACUAUGACCCGGUCAUCCGAGUGGUCAAUACGGAAGAAUGCCAAGAAGUCCGGAAGGCACCGGUCAUUCCUCUAGAAAACCCUACCGGUCAAGUAGGACGGCAGUGGUCGGGCACCUAUUGUUCGUACCACAGGUCAGAUUCCCACAACACCUCCGAAUGUAAGAGUGUUAAGGGAGUAAUCCGGCAGAUGAUAGACAGUGGAGAGCUGGGCAAGGAUUACUUGCAGAAAGCCCAAGAGAAGAGUCAUCAAUGGGUUAGGCCAACUGCCCCGGGAGAUAACCGGGACAACGACCGGCGGAGGAAUAACCGGCCAAGGGAGCGGCAACCCGUUCCCAAAAAGGAGCACAUCGGCAUGAUCUUCGGCGGACCUGAGGGUGGAGAUUCAGCCGCGCAGCGGAAGAACUGGGUCCGGAGCAUUUACGUUGGUGAGGUAAGUGCUGAACCGCCCAGGCAUAAACAUACUAGGAGGGAGCCUAUCGUCUUUACUGACCGGGAUCUCCCUCCUACCGGUGAAGAUCACAAUGAUCCAUUGGUCAUCACCAUGGACAUUAAUGGGGUGGAUGUCGCCCGGGUACUUGUUGACACCGGCAGCAGUGUCAACAUCUUAUACCUGGAGACCUUCCAAAAACUCAGGUUGUGUCGAACACAACUUGAACCACUCAAAACCCCUCUCUCAGGCUUCACGGGGGACACCGUUGAAGCUGAAGGAUCCAUAGUUCUACCGGUUGAACUAGGAUCAGGUGAAAAGACCGUGUGGAAGAAGAUGCGGUUCAUAGUUGUGGACAUCAAAUGCGUCCACAACGCAAUUCUUGGAAGGCCAGGCAUCAACAAAGUCGGGGCGGUGAUUUCCAUGCCUCAUCUAUGCAUGAAGUUCCACACUCCAGGUGGUGUGGGUGAGGUGAAGGGCGACCAGAGGAACGCUCGGGAGUGCUAUGCCCGGGCAGUCAAGAAAAUGAUCAAGGGGGUCAAUGUCAUCUCCCAAGAGAUCACAAAGGGAGAGACCCAGGAGAAACUGGAGCCCGAGGCUGAGACGGUGGAAAUCGAACUUCACCCGGGUGAUUCUUCGAGGAUGGUCAGAAUUGGAGCAAAUCUCCCCGAGGAUCUCAAAGCACAGAUUACGCGGGUCCUCCAAGAAUACGCAGGCAUAUUCGCAUGGAGCGUGGCGGAUAUGCCUGGGAUAGAUCGCUCUGUUAUCUGCCACCGGUUGGCCGUGAGGGAGGGAAGUCGACCGGUACGACAGAAGAAGCGGUACCUGGCCAGUGACCGGCGAGAGUUCGUCAAGAAGGAAGUCCUUGCUGACUUCUUGGUAGAAAUGACCGGUCUAACUCCAUACCUACCGGUCAACAAGCCUGUUGAGCAAUGGUGGGAGAUGGCGGUUGAUGGGGCAUCCGGUCCUAGAGGAUACGGGGGUGGUAUUGUGUUCACCACCCCAGAAGGGUUCAAGAUCUACCAUGCAAUCGUCUUCAACUUCAAGCUGACAAACAAUGAGGCAGAGUAUGAAGCUCUGGCUGGAGGGCUCAGACUUGCCCAAGCCCUGAAAAUCAGCCGGGUCAGUAUCAAAUCAGACUCUAGCCUGAUAGUUGGGCAGGUGACCGGUAACAUGGAAGCAAGGGAAGGACGCAUGGCAUAAUACAAGGACCUUGUACUUGC